AUGAAAAUUAUUAUGGAACAUGCCAUAUCGUUUGAAAUGGAGAAAGAUGCCAACAAUAGCGACAACGAAGAAUGGACUUUAGAAGUCUCUUCUUUGCGAAUAUACUUUGUGCUAAGGAAAUAA